GGUAUCGUCAUUUACAUGAGAGAAAUUAUUGAACAAUAUCUUUUGAAGAAAUUCAUUCUUAUAACCAAGAUUACAAAUUCCUACAUUCGCUCGAAGAAAGUCAAGAUCCAGACAGCUUAUUAUUUGUACUCUGAUACAUAGUGCAGUAAUAGUAGUGACUAAACUUAUAAAAAGGGGUUAUUCAUAUUUUACAUAGGAUAUCAUUUGCAUCUCAACCACGGUGUAACACACCGUGAUCUCAACUAGACGACUUUGCUUCCUCAGCAUUCCAAUAUGACUCACCUGAUCAAAGAAGAAAAACAGUAUGGUUUAAUAGCACCUGGUAAGAACCGUCUUACAGCCCCAAAACCUGGAAACGUUUUUGGAGAAGACAGUGGCUCUGAUGGAGAUGAUGGGUCAGAUUGGGUAAGAAAAGCUCUGCGAGCAGAGGGGGAGAAGAAUUUAGUAAAAAAGCAAACUCAACUCACCAUGAAAAGAGCAUUAAAAGAGGACCCAACGGUCUACCAAUAUGAUGAAGUGUAUGAUGAUAUUGAACGAUCCAAAAUUGAGGAAAAGAGUAAUAAAAAGACAGUUGAAAAAAAGGCAAAGUACAUAGAAAAUUUAAUGAAAGCUGCAGAUCGACGGAAGAGGGAACAGGAGCACAGAGUUGAAAGAAUGGUUCAGAAAGAACGAGAAGCUGAGGGAGCAAUGUUUGCGGAUAAAGAGAGCUUUGUGACAUCUGCGUACAGAGCAAAGCUGGAAGAGUUUAAGAAAAUGGAGGAUGAAGAGAAGAGAAUGGAUAGAUUAGAAGCAAUUGGUGAUGUUACGAAGCAACAAGAUAUGUCUGGAUUCUAUAGGCACCUUUAUCACCAAACAGUCGAUCCUGAUAAAAAUAUGGCUGAGAAAGACAAAAUCAAGAUAACUGAUGAAGUAGAUGAAUCAAGAGUCAAGGAAAAAAGUAAGGGUGAAACACUGAACAAUGCCAAAGAUAAUAUAGAUGGAGAUGAUCCAUUGUCUACAGACUCUGAAGACAACUCCGUGCAAGAUGAUGAGAGUAAUUUGGCAAGAGCAAACGAGGUGAGAAUAAAUGUUGGUAAAGGAACUAAAAGACAGUACAGAAAGAGAAUGGCUGAUGCAUCACAGUCCAGUUCUGAGGAAGAGGUAAAAGAGGAAAAGUCUGUACCUAAAAGCUCGGUAGCUGAAAGAGUUACAGAAGUUAAGGAGGUAGAAACAGAAAAAGCAGGAAAAGUAUUGAAAAAAGAUCACCAAGAACAGUCCGUAACAGCUCCAGCUCUAAUAAAUCAGCAUUCAAGUGAUGAAAAAUCAGAAACAAAAGCUCCGAUAGCUGAGAACGUGACGAAAGGUGCUGCGGAUAAGGCAAUGACAGAACCUAAGAUAGAAGCGAUAAAAACUGUGAUACCAGAGGCUCCAAAAAUUUCAAUCUGGGAAAAACGUACCGUAGGACCUGUUUUUGAAGCUGCAUUGGCAAGAUAUUAUGCAAGAAAAUCUGCCAUGUCGUCCGGCUAAUGGAUCACUUAUAAUACAAAUAUCUUGUAAAGUAAAUAGGAAUCAUGCAACAAUCUAUGUAUUCAAAUAACAGUGAUAUGAUCUUCAUUCACUAUCACUUUGUAUGAAAUUUUAUGGUUCAUACAGUUUCUUUGUUUCUUGUGAUGAAGAAAUCUGAAUCAUGCAAAAUUACAAUGAUCGGAAAAUAGGGGGGAUUGGGGCUGGAACUAACAGAGGUAAGUUGUAACCAACGAUGUAAAUGCAUCUGUAUUUCUUGGUUGAAACCACAGAUUGAAACGUUGCAUUUAUUUCCGAAAGUGAAAGAGAAGGCAGUGAGUCGAAUUCGCUGCAUGUAAUUAAUGCUUGGCGCAUGUGUCACCAAAAAUAAAAAGUUCGAUUGGAAAAACAUAAAAA